UAGCUGAUUAGUUUUCUGAUCAUACGCUGGUUACUACUUAGGAAACUCAGACUAUUUUGUCUCCUUUUAUUUUGCAGUAGGCCAUCUAUUUUAUGUACGUACUUCCGAUCCGGUUUCUUAUCCUCGAUGAGGGCGAUGCCAAUAUCUUCAUGCCUGUCCAGUAGCGAUGCAGAGCUGCUUGUGCCGUGGAAAGAUGCAUCUACACAUUUGAGAAUACCAGAAGCGCGGCGACGGCUACUCCCCCAAGUUUAUAAAAAAUGGAACGCGAAUACAGAUGAAGUGGAUUCGGCUCACUGCCGAAGCAUGACAUGCGAUACCCAAAGUCGCGCUGAUAGUCUAUGGAACUUGAAGAGAAUAAAAAACACCCGAUCUUGUCUUCUCUUCCCAACAGGUCCUUCCCCAUCCACAUGUAAACAAGGCAACGGACGUAGAGAAGUGAAAGAAAAGAAACUUUACUCUGUGAAAUGUCAGGAUCUCAUCAAUCUAUUCAUCAAAUUCCAUCGGCUUUGUUUCCCCGUAGAGAAGAGCAGAAGGCCAAGGAACAGGGGAAAAGAGAACAGUGGACACGGGAAUCCCAAAGCGUCGGGAUGGAACUGGUGUUAGAAAGAAGAAGAAGAAAGAAUGCAAGCAAGGAAAAGAAAAGAAAAGAAAAGAAAAGAAAUUAUCCAUUGUCAUCUUCCGAAUUCUUCAGUGCAAACGCCAUCGCAAGUGUCAAUGUCAUCACAUGAGAAACACAAAAACAGAACCGAGCAACAGCACC